AUGCGACCGCCGCGUUUGCUUCUCCUUGUCUUCUGCUUCAUCUUCUUUCCUAUCUUCCUCACCUUCUUUUCCGCUCUGACAUCAUCUCCGCGUGUGACUACCCCCAGUACGUUCGCUGGUCGAGCCACGGGUUUUCAUGCGCUGUUCUCCUUUAAUAUCCCUUCGUCUCUAUUCCCUCCCUCCGCGGUCAUCAGUCUCACCGAUGAUAAUUCCACCUUCUUUCUAGCCAGACCUGCCGCGUUUGGCCCCCUCCUGCCGGAUAACGGUCUCAGUGGCCAACUAUGGGUCGGGAGUGGUUUCGGCGAUCGAACCGCCGCGGGAGCUGAAGGGGAGCUAGGCUGUUCAGAUAUUCCGGGCUGGGGCGAAGGUGAUUCUCAUCGACAGGUCGAUAAGACAAGUCCCGCGGAUAACGCCGGGGGAAGAUCGGGGACCGGGGUCGGGAUCGAGUCGACUGGAUCGCAACCCCACCGGGACUCUCCACUAGAUUCUGGACUUCACCACAGUACUACAGAUGCUACAUCCCCGUGGUCCAACGAUGGCACCGAUGAUCACCUGCACCAUCCUCUCCCAGAAUCGGAAGUGGCCGACCCAAGUGCUGCGGAGCAGCAUACCGAACCUUUCCUGAACAAGCAAACCGCCCAUGCAGAUAUACAGUCCCUCCAGGAAAGCGCCGAGAUUAAUGGAAAAGUCGUCUUGUUGAGUCGCGGUGGCUGUGGCUUCCUCGAGAAGGUCAAAUGGGCUCAGCGGCGUGGAGGUAUUGCUCUGAUUGUUGGUGAUGAUACCCGGGGUGGAAGUCUGGUCACAAUGUAUGCCCGAGGCGACACCUCUAAUGUCACUAUCCCCGCGUUAUUUACGUCACAUACUACGGCGCAACUGCUAUCAUCCCUUGUUCCUGCACAGGACGAGGAUAUCAUUGCGGAUGAAAGCCCUGCGGCAAAGCUAUCCACCCAUGGCGCCAAACAACGAGUCGAGUCGACGACCACUACAACGGCUGUCUCGUCUCCAACAUCGACCCGCUCCGCCGCCACAGGCACCCCCUCUGCCUCUGCGCAACACAAGGAGGGUUUAUUCCGCGGCGUCUUGUCAUUGCUUGGCGUGAACAGUCACCGCACAGGACACAUCUCACAGGACAGCCAGCGUCCACCUACCAGUGGAAAUAUCGACUGGAUCCUCAUGGAUCCCUGGGAUGACCCCGAGGCGUCCAGCAAAGGCCGAGCGAAAGACAGUGCUACAGACGUUCGGCAGACUGGGGAUGGGGAUGGGUUCGUUAUCGGAGUGCAAGACUGGCGGGAUCCAGACCUAGUGGCCCCGAUGAGCAGCUCCAUCGCAGCACCGACCAGUGUCUCCCAGACGGACGGGUCACACUCUACACACGGUCCACUGAAAGGUGGCAGUAUCACUCCCGGAAGUGGCGAAUACCGUACUAUUGAAAAGCCCAGUGCCAACAAGGAAGCCAAUGUCAAGACAGUGGCUAGUCAAGACGCCGAAGCGGAUAAGAAAGAAUCUGUGCAGAGUGGCAGCUGGUUUGCCAAACACUUCGGAUGGGUAAAGGAAAGUGAACCAGAGCCCAGUCUUUCCUCGCGCGACUAUUCGGAAGCGAGGAAAUUGCAGAAUGACUCGGCGCAAAAGCGUCAAGGGGCGAAGGUAUUGGAGCAUGAAGGGUUAUGGGUUACGUUGACCCCAACGAGCAUGUCCACGAGCCCCUUUUUCGACACGCUUCUCGUCCUUGUGGUCAGCCCGUUGUUAACCUUGACCGUUGUUUAUGUGCUUCUGUUGCUUCGGUCUCGUAUCCGCCGCCGGCGGUGGCGAGCUCCUAAAUCCCUUGUUGACCGUCUCCCGGUCAGAACAUACCACACGAUCAGCACGCCCUCAUCGUCGAGCUCCAUCCGAUCAGUCAGCCCUGGUCCGGUUUCCCCGACAUCUCCGCUAUUGGGCUACUCGGCACUCCCUGGCUAUCGGUCGCGAUCUCAGAAAGAAUCUACCAUUGAUAGCCCAAAGAGCCCGUCCAAAAAGGAAAAGUCGGGCUCGUCUACGCUGUGGCGGCGCAAGUACACCGGGCGGCAGGUGGAAUGUGUUGUGUGCCUGGAAGAGUACGUGGAUGGACAAAGCCGGGUGAUGAGCUUGCCCUGUGGGCAUGAGUUCCAUGCCGAGUGCAUCACCCCUUGGCUGACUACCAGACGUCGCACAUGCCCGAUCUGCAAAGGAGAUGUGGUCCGGUCGCUGGCUCAAAACAGGGCUGUUGAGACGGCGUCCGAAUCUACCGAGUCAACAACCCACAGUGAUCACGAUUCAGGAUCACAUAACGCCUCUGCCCCUGUCCCGAUCGCUGGUCUGAGUGAGGAUGAGAUGUCAGACCCUGAGCGACAAACUGGGCCAGCAGAUGGACUUCUUAGCGGACAAUCUUCCUCGGCUCCACAACCCGGCUGGAGGAACUUUGCUGCGCUGAGCUUUUCGGCCCUGAGCGGCGAUACAAUCUGGCAUCAGGGUCGGACUGACAGCGACCACAGAUGA